UGCAAUGAAGUCUCUAGCAUUAACCUACACCCUUGGAUCUACAACCUCUACGAGGUAGAUCGGGGAUGAUCUCACAUUGAAUAGGUACAAUCAACAUGAGCUCACUUCAAAUAGGUAGGUCGGCGAUCGGGCUCACAUUUUCACCAUAUCUUCAAUGUUCAUUCCUUCCUUCACCUGAGUUUGGGGAAAGAACCCUAAAUUAAGUGAGUUUGCCACUUUGUAAUUUACUUAACUUCACUUUCUCCCACACCCUCUCACCCUCUCUUUUAAAACUUUGACCACGACUCCAGCAGCAGCAGUAACAGCAGCAGCAACAACAGCAACAAGAAGUGCCCUCCCGCCCUCCCGCCCUCCCGCAACUUCCGCCUCCUCUCUCUCCUCUCUCUCCUCUCUCUUCCCUCUUUUCCCCGGCGCCAUGCCAACGCGUCGCCGAAAUCCGCCUUCAGGCAACUCUUCUCGUGUGUCUUCGCGCACCUCCUUCCGUUCGCCUUCGGGCAUUUCUUUAAGUGGUGGCUCUUCCACCAUACAAAAGCAAGUCCCAGGGGGUGGUGUCCCUUGGGCACUCAUCAUAUUCAUCGCGUCGCUGGUCGCGUCAGUUGCCUUCGGGCUUUACGUUACGGUCCUUGCGGCCCAGAAGGAGGUUGCUCUUAGCACCUACCUCUCUGCCCACUUGGACGAACUCGACUGCGGGACCGGACCGAUGAAUGUUGCUGAGACGAGAAAGGCUUCCGCUUUGCUGAGGAAGAAGAUAAUCUGGUUGUAAGUUCAUUUUUUCAGUUCAUUUUACUAUUUCCUUUCGGUUUUUAUUUAUCUAGAAGUUGUUAUUCAUUCAAAGCUUGUUAUUCAUUCAAAGCUUGUUAUUCAUUCAAAGCUUGUUAUUCAUUCAAAGCUUGUUAUUCAUUCAAAGCUUGUUAUUCAUUCAAAGAUCGUUAUUUCUUCAAUGGUUAUCAUUUAUUCAAAACUUGUCGUUUAUUUAAAAAUUGUCAUGUGUUCAAUGGUUGUCAUCUACUAGACUAUCCUUUUUUCUUAUUUCUCUAUUAUAUAAACCCCUCUACAUCGCUCCUACAAUGCCUUCACUUUUGUUUUCUUUAUGGCUAACUUACCUCGAUUAGGGCGCCAUCAUUUGGCAUCUCCUUCCUAUUGUCGCUCUUCGUCCUGGUCACAAGCUCAAUUCUUCGAAAGUCCAACCUCACUCAAUGGUUCUCCGCCGCUGCUGCAAUUUUCGGACUAGUUAGCGCUAUGCUUCUGGCUUUUCAUCAGCAAACGGGAGCUUCCUUGAUCAGCAUUAUUUUCACGGCAAUCUCGGUCAUAUGGCUCAUUGUCUGGUUCGAUUCUAGGCAUUGGUCGCGGGUCUUAGCGCAGGAGCUCUUCAGCAUCAAAUCAUGGUCCCUUUUCGCGCUUAGCAUCUCUACUAGCGCGAUGACAGCGCUGGUGUUUGGAGGCUAUUUGUCAGUUCUUUAUUCAAUGCGCCAGAUUUGGGAUACUUCUUUUCCAAGAUGUACCAAGGACCGAAUCAUUUAUCCUUCGAGGUUCAUUAUGACAAUUUUCCUCCUGUCUAUGGUGACAUACUGGGUCACUCAAGUUAUAGCCUCCUUAGGCCAGACACUAGCGACGGUCGCCAUCCAAAAGCACAUUUUCAAAGUUCAUACUGGCCUGGAAAAAUCAAAAGUUCAAACGUCUAUUCGCAGAAUACUUAGACAUAGUUGCGGAAGCGUAUGUUUUGGAGCAGGGUUGCUCUCAUUGUCCCUCUUUCUCAAAGAUCUUACCAUGGUUCUUACGCAAAAUUUGGCACUUGUUCCGAGGGAUUCCUUUCGUUCUGCAACUACCGCAACAUUAAUGUCGCUCCUCGUGUACAUGGGACCACUUUACGCAGCACUUCAUGUCAAGAUUAACGAUUGGGUAUUUGUAAUCAUUGCACUAGACGGAUUUCCCUACUGGAAAGCUAAUCAAGUUGGUGUCACUUUGUUGAUGAGCACGGGUUUGGACAUUCUGCACAGAGAGACUGGAUUGUCCGAGAUGAUUAAUCACCUUCCCCUGGUCAUUGCAGGGAUUUCUGCCACGACAACAUACCUCUUGGUAACCCUGAUGCCUGGCCCUAUUGCAGAGACUGGCGAUGUCUUGACGGCAGAUGUCCUGGUUGCGUUUGCGUUUUUCGGAGGAAUGCAGAUUGCAAGAGCUGCUUUGGCUCCAUUCAAGGGAGGGAUGUGUACUAUGUACGUACUGAUGGCAAGAGAACCAAAGCUUAUCAUGGAAAACCAUGGAGAGAUUUGGAAUUGUUUGGAGGAGCUCAAACCCACUAUUACCGAAGCUUUGUUGAAGAGACAGAGCUGAGACUUCCCGAAAUCAUUGUUGAGAUUAGAUGGGAAUGUUGGCAUGAUGAGUAGAUGCUGGAUCGUUGUUGGUAACGGAUGAAGAUGAUUCCCGGAUGAGAAAACCAGUGGACCAACGUCGGUUGUGUUUGAGAUAGUUACCCGCUGAGGAAAGUUGAGGUCAUUACCGUUAUUGGAUGGAAACAGGUGCUUGGUAAUGCAUAUGGAUGGAAACAGUUGCUUGGUGGAAGAUCGGAAAGGCAUGACUUAUCAUUCUUUGAUAAUUCAUGGGGACAGUCGUUUGAUGAGGGAGAUAACCAUUGCUUGUAAUUGCUUAGAAUAUUGGAGAGCUUUUGUUUUUCCCAUUAAAUGAAAAACAACCUUUCUGCUCUC